AUGGCUGACAGCAGCACAGCACCCAUCGCGCCAGCUGCGCCCGCGAGGUCCAAGAUGGACGCAGCGCAGCUGGAACAUCCAGUCAAGGCCGCCAACAUCCCAGCGAUGGACGAGAACAAUGCCUUCGCAGUUGCUCAAGCCGGCGGCUGGGAAAUCGACGCGCUCAUCAACGAGAUGGAGUCGGAAGUUGAAGCAUCGGGCGGCAUGCGCAAGAGCUUCUUCGAUCUCGAGUUCAAGAACCCGAAGCACUUUACCUGGGUUAUCGUCGCUUUCGCAUCCAUGGGUGGUCUCCUUUCCGGUCUCGACCAGUCGCUCAUCUCCGGUGCCAACCUCUACCUCCCGAAAGAUCUCGGCCUCACUACGAGGCAGAACAGUCUGGUGAACUCAGCCAUGCCUCUCGGUGCCGUUGGUGGUGCCCUUAUUCUGUCGCCUUCCAAUGAGUACUUUGGUAGACGCUGGUCGAUUAUCAUUUCCACGAUUCUAUAUACCAUUGGCGCCGCACUGGAAGCUGGAUCCAUUAAUUACGGCAUGAUUGUUGCUGCGCGAGUCAUCCUUGGUCUUGGUGUCGGUCUGGAGGGUGGUACUGUACCCGUCUACGUCGCCGAGACUGUUGACCGCAAAGUCCGUGGUAACCUUGUAUCGCUGUACCAAUUCAACAUCGCUCUUGGAGAAGUCCUUGGAUAUGCCGUAGCCGCCAUGUUCCUGCGCGUAGAAGGCAACUGGCGCUACAUUCUCGGUUCUUCACUUGUCUUCUCCACCAUCAUGUUCGCCGGCAUGCUCUUCCUGCCCGAGUCUCCCCGUUUCCUCAUGCACAAGGGCCGGGUCCUGGAUGCGUACAAGGUCUGGAAGCGCAUCCGCGGCACUGAGACCCGCGACGCCAAGGAGGAAUUCUUCAUCAUGAAGGUCUCCGUCCUGCACGAGCAGCAGGUCGUCUCGGAGAGCGCGGUCAACAGACACUUCCCCUGGCUCGACUUCUUCACGGUCCCACGAGCCCGACGAGCUCUCAUCUACGCCAACAUGAUGAUUCUACUGGGCCAGCUCACAGGAGUAAACGCCAUCAUGUACUACAUGAGCGUCCUCAUGCAUCAGAUCGGAUUCGACGACGAAAAGGCGAACUACAUGUCUCUCGUCGGAGGCGGCUCCCUGCUGAUCGGCACUAUCCCCGCCAUCUUCCUCAUGGAGAGAUUCGGCCGUCGCUUCUGGGCCAACACGAUGUUGCCAGGCUUCUUUAUCGGGCUCGUGAUCAUCGGUGUCAGCUACCAGAUCGAUCCUAUCACCAACCUCCAGGGCGCCGAGGCCUGCUAUCUUAUUGGUCUGAUCUUGUACAUGGGUUUCUUCGGUUGCUACGCCUGUCUGACAUGGGUAGUUCCCUCUGAGGUCUACCCCACCUAUCUUCGUUCCUACGGCAUGACGACUUCCGACGCGCUGCUGUUCCUGGCUUCGUUCGUAGUCACCUACAACUUCUCCGCUAUGCAAGAGGCUAUGACGCCCACAGGUCUGGCGCUCGGUUUCUACGGUGGUAUUGCGGUUCUGGGCUGGUUCUACCAACUGUUCUUCAUGCCCGAGACCAAGGACAAGACGCUGGAGGAGAUUGAUCUCAUCUUCCAGCGCCCGACCAGAGACAUCGUGGCCGAGAAUGUGAAGAACGCGGUUCAAAGCACAGGUCACUUCUUCCGGGGACGAUGGAGCUCCAAGUCUAGAGCGACUGCAACUGGUUUGGCCGAGAGUGAGAAGGGUAAGGAGAAGGCUGACUUGGAGUAA